AUGGACCACGACAACCUUAGCUGCCUACGUACUAGCAACGGUGUGGCCAAGUAUCACAACGCGCUACUUUAUGUGGCUCUUACACGGCUUAGGGGCAAGCACCCUUGUGGCAACAUUAUGUUCGCCGACUUCUACCAACCCAUCAUCCGAAUCCUCCAGAACCCUAGUCAUUUCGGGUUCACGGCAGAUGGCGUUCUCAAGGCUUGCUGCGGCACCGGCGGCGCGUACAACUGGAACGCCAGCGCCACCUGCGCCAUGCCCGGAGUGGUCGCCGCUUGCAAGAACCCGUCUUCCUCGGUGUCUUGGGAUGGGAUUCACUACACGGAUGCCGUCUACCGCUACAUCGCCGAGGGGUCGUGGCUCUAUGGCCCUUACGCUCAUCCGCCAAUUUUGGCAGCUAUCCAGCACUGA